UACUCAGGCAGUCUUUCGGCACAGUAGAGAGGUCCAUUACUGAUGACGUAUGUGGUGAUUUGGAAGAUGUUGUAGCCGAAACUUCUAACCAUUGCGUUGUGUUUUUAAAUUAAUGAUAACAUAUGUUUACAAAUGCGAAGCUCAUAUUAUAAACCCCAAAAUGGCACAAACUGCACAUACACCAAAUUGAAAGCUUCAGGUCUGACUAAAGCAGACUCCUCCAGCUCAGCCAUGCCUCAGAAACCCCAAAAGAGCGCACAGACAUCACACUACAUAGAGCUGGGCGGUUAUCAAUAUUGGCCUGUGCUGGUGCCCCGAGGUAUCCGACUGUACACCUACGAACAGAUCCCGGUGUUUCUGAGGGAAAACCCCUACAUCACAGAUGGAUACAGAGCUUACCUGCCCUCCAGACUGUGCAUUAAAAGCCUCUUCAUCCUGUCCAAUGAGACGGUGAAUAUCUGGAGCCAUCUGUUAGGCUUCCUGCUCUUCUUCUGUGUCGGGGUUUACAACAUGGCCACGGUGCUGCCGGCCGUGGGCGCCUCUAGAGAGGACUACGUGAUCUACUCCAUCGGGCUCUUCUGCUUCCAGCUGUGCAUGCUGUGUUCGGUGGGUUAUCACCUGUUCUGUUGCCACCGCUCGGAGAAGACCAGUCGCCGCUGGAUGGCGCUGGACUAUGCAGGAGUUUCCAUCGGCAUCCUGGGCUGCUACGUCCCCGGGGUCUUCUACACCUUCUACUGCAACGAUUACUGGCGGCAGGUGUACCUGGUGACUGUCCUGGCCAUGAUCCUGGCCAUCUUUUUUGCUCAGAUCCACCCUCAUUACCUCAGCAAGCAGUGGAAGCAGCUGCGCUCGCUCAUCUUCUGCUCGGUGGCCGGAUACGGCCUCAUCCCCACCAUCCACUGGAUCUGCCUCACCGGAGGCUUCUCCUCAGAGCUCGUCCAGGCUUUUGUUCCUCGAAUCCUGGGGAUGUAUUUCAUUGCUGCAUUAGCUCUCAUUUUCUACGUUUCAAAAGUCCCAGAACGCUACUUCCCAGGUCAGCUGAACUACCUGGGCUCCAGUCACCAGGUGUGGCACCUGCUGCUGGUGCUGAUGUUUUACUGGUGGCACCAGUCAUCAGGCUUCAUCAUGGCGUACAGACACAGCCAGCCCUGCCCCGACACCUCCCAACACGUCUAGGACGCUGCUCUGCCACGCCACGACUCUGUUGAUGGUGAACAGCUGCAGUGUGUUACAGCAUGCACCGGUGGAAGACAUUAGGGACAGGCCAUCAGUCCAUCUCAGUGUCAGCACAGUCGGACACAUUCUUACCUGCAAGUGUCUUCAGUCCACCUGACCUGUGAGUCUCUGUAAACAGGAAUCAGACCUGUGACCUCCAGGAUGAGAGGCGACAUGUGUGGAUUGUGUGUUGUUCAGAUCAAACAGGACCUCUUGAGCGAUUGGAGGUAAACAGUCACAGUGGUUCAGUAUCAUUUUUACCACAUUGCCGCCAACAAAACACAAAGUCUGCAGUCAAACUAGAAUAUCUCACACAUUGUAAAAGCCCUUUUCAUUUCAAAAACUGGCUCAAAUCUACAAGGUUGGCAAGAGAUCACACAUUACUGUAAGUGCCUCUUAAUAAAACACCAUGUAGGUCUUGUUAAAUUAAAUUAACUUUUGGCCUCCUUCAUUAAGGACUCACGUAAACUGACCUUAAAAAGGGAAAAAUGAAAUGUUGUAGGUGUUGGUGUCACCACUCUGCACAGUUAUGCUAAAAGUAUGUGUGUAAGUGGGUAAACAUCUGUUUACUGUGUUCAGCAUUAAGGUCUGCUGAGUCCAAUCAUUUCUUCCUCUACUUCCAAAGUUUUUUUGUGGUGAAACUGUGAGCAAGUUUCCAAAAAACAAGCAAAACUGAACAAGUAUCUUUCAGCACAAUUCAUGUUUAGACAGAAAAAACCAAAGAGACAGAGCAACUGCUCAACAUGUUCAUCGUACUUUCUCAUUUUGUCUUUCAGUGUGUGCAGCAUUAGUGUUUUCUGUUUCUUGCUGCCAAGUAAGAUACACAAUGUUUCAGUCCCAGGAUGAUCAAAUGUAUUUACUCUAAAUACAGGUACUAUAAAGACUUUGAAUGUGUUAGUACAUGAUGCUCCAGGACCUAAUGAUUUCUUUCUUUUUAUGUUGUGUCUGCACUCAAACUGAUACGUUUUAGAGCUAAGCACAGUUUAUCACAAAAUAUUGUUUUAAUGUAAUUCUUCUCCCUCACAUCUCUACUGUAUUAUGUUCAGCCCUGACUAGUAAAGGUUAAGGUGUAUCAAAA